UUGACGAGGCGCUCGAUUCAAUUCGCUUGGUCGAAAGCAUAUUCAUCUAAGCGGGAUUUUUAUCGCGAACUUCUAUUUCUAUGCCGUCAAAAGGAAUUUUACAAGUGGAAUCUGGGGAAAAAAGUCUUAGAUUUGAAAGGAGCCAUUAAGUUAGGAGAAGGAUGUUUCGGCGAAGUCUUUCUGGUUCAUGUUAACGGAAAAGAAGCAGCGCUCAAAAUAAUUCCUAUUGCUGGAGAACAAGUCGUUAAUGGGGAAAAACAAAAAUCGUUUCGAGAUAUUUUGCCAGAAGUUGUCUUAUCUCAAGAACUUUCUGAUUUGCAUAUUAUUGAAGAUGGAAAUUCAACGGUAUUCUACUGGACCAUAAUAGUUUUUUUUAUGGUUUUAAAACGUCGUUAUCCAAGGGAACUUCUUAACGCAUGGAAGAAAUAUCGCGCUGAGUUUGGUUCAGAAAAUGAUUGCCCGGAUAUAUUUGGUUCAGAACAAUAUUUCUUACUGAUAGCUUAUGAAAAUGGCGGUGUAGAUUUGGAAAAAUUUCAGGUUUAUUCACAGGCAUAUAGUAUCGUGUACCAAACUAUUGUGUCUCUCAUUGUUGCUGAAAAUCGACUUUGUUUCGAACAUCGUGAUCUUCACUGUGGGAAUCUACUUGUUCGAUCAGUUUCGCAAAAAGCGAUUCGAAUGUAUCAUAUUUUAUGGAUUUUAAUAACAUUGUUGCCAGGAUCAACGACGAUUUAUUUGAAUUUGAAAAAUGAUCUGGAGCUAUUUGAAGGACAAGGAGAUCUACAGUUCGAUAUUUAUAGAUUGAUGCGAAGAGCAAAUAAAAAAUUUUUUCUAUCAAUUUUGUGA